AUGGCGGAACAAACUCCCCGGCACAUUCGCGUUCAGGAGCCGGAGAGGCGUCCUCUCCUCGAGCGUGCACACUUCACCCAUUCGAUGGAUGGGGAGCAAUUCUUCAGCUGCACCCCAAAUGCCCACGCGCACCUCCCGGUGUAUACCAACAUCCAUAGGAUAAGGAGAGAUGUCAUCUCCAUCGUGGAAGACUACCUCACCUUUGAGCAACUGAGGGACCUGCGGCUGAACAUAUCCGUUGUGCGUCCGCUGGUGGACAAGCUCUAUGAGAUGGACGAUAUCUCCAUUGUGUACUGCCUCCUCGUCAACCGCGCUCAGUUCCUGCACGAGCAGGCACAUCUUAGCAACAGACAGAAUGUGAAUUACACGAGGGCAACUCUCUGCGAGGUCGUGGCCACGCGCAUUCUGAGGCGCUUCGGUGAAGACAACGACGGCCUUCAGGGAUUGCUACUGCUAGCACACAUCCUGAUCGCUGGUUUCACACCUUUUCAGAACGCCCCCGAGACGGUGCGCCGAGAGGGUUCCUUGGCUUCCACGUGGGAUUUUCAUCGCAGCCUGCCUGCUCUAGAAGUGGCCAUUAUCAGCGAGAGCAAAUAUUUCCUCAGUUCCGUUCAUUGCCAGAAAGUUGUCGACGCAAUCUAUACGGGUCAUAUCGUCUAUACGCCCUCCACAUUCCUGGAUCUUAUUCCUGAUCGCUACAAACAGAAGCCAAUCACGCUAUAUGAACCGAGGGAAGCGCCGCUGCUAAACCAAUAUCGACUGAUAGUGCCACGAACUCGGAGUUACCUGGAGGUAUUUCAGUUCUUGUUACUGCUUGGCCUAUACCUGGCAUUCAUGGCUGAGCGUGAGCCUGAGUAUCUAAGCCCGUUAGAAGCAGCUUUCUCUAUCUACGCCUUUGGCUGGGUUCUGGAUCAGUUUGCUACAAUUCUCGAGCAUGGCUGGAACGUCUAUACGCAAAAUCUGUGGUCAUUCUUAGACGUCAUGUUUGCGCUUGUCUAUUGGGCAUAUCUGAUCUUAAGGGUUCAUGGUUGGGCAACCGGCGAUAUCGGGCCUGGCCAGCAAGCCCUAGAUGUCCUCGCUAUGGGAGCACCCGUGCUUGUUCCAAGGCUGGCAUUCAACCUCUUAUCAGAUAAUCUGGUCUUUCUGUCAUUGAGGUCAAUGAUGUCGGAUUUCAUACUGCUCACGUUCUUGGCUGCUUGGUGUUUCUGUGGAUUUUUGCUCUCCAUGGUCUGGUUGGCUGAAGGUCGCCAUAACCUUCUCACAAUCAGCAAAUGGAUGCUGUGGAUAUGGUUUGGUCUCGAUGGUACUGGCGUAUCAAGAUCCGGUGAAUUCCACUGGUUUCUGGGACCAACACUUAUGAUCACGUUUGCUUUCUUAGGCAACACCCUGUUCCUCACUAUCCUUGUGUCGAUGCUGUCAAACACCUUCAGUACGAUCGUGUCAAAUGCCACAGCUGAAAUCCAAUUUCGCAGGGCAGUUCAGACAUUGGAGGGCGUGAAAGCGGAUGCCAUCUUCGCCUACCAGCCCCCGUUCAAUAUCCUCGCGAUCUUUGUACUGCUGCCCAUGAAGUUCAUUGUCAGCCCUAGAUGGUUUCACAAGAUCCAUGUGGCAACAGUCCGCUUCAUCAACCUCCCCGUCUUGCUCCUCAUCGCCGUCGCGGAACGGCGCCUUCUCUGGCCCCAGUCUAGGACACAGGCUACACGGCCGAAGAGGACCUGGUUCUGGGAGAAGUGGAAGAUUACAACUCAUGGAGAUCUACACACAGUCUUCGAGAUAGUACCUCCGGAGUCUUUGACAGACGAUAUCGCCGUGGACGACGAGCUGACGCAUCACUUGAUCCGCCGUCAAUUCGUGAGACAGCACAGCACGACACUGGACGCCGACAGAAGAGGCCGACAGGUCAGCAAUGGUGCCGAUGACCCGGACAAGCGACCGCCGGGCUUCAAGCCGCCAACGCGACGCGACUCCAUCGCACCCUACGGCCCAGACCUGACGGAACAAGUACGCAGCAUCCUUGCUGAUGUAGAAGCCGGUAAAGGAGUUGGCGUGACCGACAGGCUUGAUGCGUUGGAAGAGUCGAUGGGCAGGAUAGAGGAUAUGUUGGGCAAGCUCUGCGGUGGCAGCGAAGGCGGCGAUACUUUGGAGGACGAGGAGGCGAGGGCAGGUCACAUGAGUGGUUCAAUCCGUGACCUCGACCAGUCGGCAGAUUUUGAGGAGUAA